GCCUCGUUCGAAUGGGACGACGCCCCUUGCUCCCCACCCUUGCAAAGCAGGUGUUGGUGCGCUGUGGGUCGAACCGGAUCCGCCUCCAAAUCUGGAGGCUCCUCUGCUCCUCUGCUCAUUUGCUCGAUUGCCCUUCGGGGACACCUUUCCUCCCCUAAUUUAGAGACGGCGUUCGUCCAGCGCUUUCUCCUCGCUCGAGGAGACGACGGAGAAGGAAGGGAGUAGGAGGAGUAGAAGGAAGAGAAGAGGAAGACGAAGAGAAAGAGACAAGGUUCUGAGGGCUGGUUCAUAGAACACGCGCGGAGAGCGAUUGCAUCGUCGUCUCAUGGUCUGGACGAUCGUGUUGGAUGUUUGCUGAUCGGUCGACCCGGCGCACGGCUCUGUGGGCUUUCUUAGUUCGGAGGCCAUGGAGUUUUCGGAAGAGAUUGCAUUGGCUGGGGAUGUCGGUUUGAAACAGCUGAAAGAAGCAUUCGUCAGUAAUCUGCAUGGUUCCACAAUGGCGGAGAUUGCCGCUUUGACGGCCGUUGUACCUACGUUUAUCAUUUUGCGACAACUUGGAGGUCUCAUUCUACCUGAAAUUGUCACCUCCACCUGCGUUAUACCUUCUGCAGCCGCAAAGGAAGAUGUCACCAGCAGCGACGGAGAAGUGAAAGGUGACAGGAGUUUAGCUCUUGGCGGUCCAAAUUACAGAACUCGGUUACUCAGUGAUUUUAUUUUUGUGAUCCUACCGACUCUUGCAUGUUUGACGGUUCUUGCCGAUUGGAUAUACAUUAUAACUGGAUUUUCUUUGGUCCUCACACUCAUUGGCGUACUUCUCCUUAGAAGGACGAAGUAUCAAAGCAAUGUGGAUCUCUACCCUCAAGUAGUAUCGAAGGAAACCUCCUCUCGCAGAACCGGUUUUCUCUCCUAUUUCAGGUUUACCAUGAUGUUGGUAACAUGUGUCAGCAUCCUUGCGGUGGAUUUCAACGUGUUCCCACGGCGUUAUGCAAAAACCGAAACCUAUGGAACUGGACUGAUGGAUGUUGGAGUUGGAUCGUUUGUAGUUGCAAAUGGCCUAGUGUCAAGGCAGGCGCGCAACCUGCCACCGUCAAAAUAUGGAGGUGUCCUUCGCAACACGAGUCCUCUUCUAGUGAUUGGCUUUGCCAGACUCAUUCUUACUAAGGGCGUAGACUAUCAGGAGCAUGUAGCCGAGUACGGAGUGCACUGGAACUUUUUUUUCACACUAGCAGCUGUUGCGCUUCUAACAUCCCUCAUCCACGUUCCUACUGCAUACUGUGGGAGCUUGGCGGUAGUGAUACUUGGAGGAUAUCAGGCAAGUCUGUCUUUUGGCCUAAACAAGUACCUGUUAUCCUCCGAGCGUGGUCCGGGACUUAUAAGUCUUAACAAGGAAGGCGUCUACAGCAUUUUUGGGUACUGGAGUAUGUAUCUAAUCAGUGUUCGAUUGGGCAACUACCUAUGCUGUCUACCCGAAAGGUUCUUUAGCCAAGGGGCCAAUGGUUCAAGUUAUGGCAAAAAGAAUGGUGCAACUAAGUGGUGGAUUGUUAUAGAUGUUUGGCUUCUUGACGCCAUUUUCUGGUUGCUUGCAAUAUUUGUGGACGAGUUCAUCGAAAGAGUCUCUCGUCGCAUGUGCAAUUUGGCAUAUGUGCUCUUUGUGCUUGCUCAAAAUCUCGAGGUUAUUGCAAUAUUUUUGACAGCAGAUUCUAUGCUUCCGCCCAGAGUAAUGCCUCUUCUUCGGAUAUUUGACCAAAAUAUGCUGGCGACUUUUCUGUGGGCCAACAUUUUGACAGGGUUGGUAAACAUGAGUAUGCAAACCAUCUUUGCGCCCACUCACGUGGCUAUGGGUGCAUUAUCAAGCUACCUCGCAUGUCUGGUAGGUGGUAUGGGUAUUGUAGAUGCGUUAGGCUUGAAGUUGAAGUUUUGGUGAACCUCUUAGGAGCUGUCAGAGCUAUUGUAGGAAGCCACUAUACUGGGCGAGUCAUUUGCUGGCCGUUGCGGCACAUUAGCAGGUAGUGUUGAGGUGAAUUAGCCCAACAAUUUUGCUGUUGUAUCGUUGUGUGUUUUGCUAGAUGGGGCACUGCAACCUCACAAUGUACAUAGAUUUUUUGUGGUGACCCAGUGACUAAUUCACACUUCAUUGAAAACCAUUGUGCGGUUUUCGACAUCGUCCUUACCAUUUGGAAGUUUCUUGAAGGAGUUCUCCUGAAUGAGUGAUAUUCUAAAUUCGUAC